AUGACGAGCGCCUCUUUUGCCACUUUCGUGCUCAUAUUGGCCUCUAUUUUUGUCAUUUCACUGGCUACAAAUGAAGGUGAAGGCGCACGAAAGCCGUACAUUGUUCGAAUGGUUGAGUCCGCAAAACCCAUCCAUUUUGCUUCACACCACCACUGGUAUGCUUCAAUGCUUCACCAGCUCUCGCAAUCAAUUGAGUUGCUAUAUACAUAUGAUACUGCCUUGCACGGCUUUGCUGCGACACUGAGCAGCGCAGAAGCUGAAGUCAUGGAGACUAUGGACGGGUGCUUAGCUGUUAUUCCCUCCUCUCUUCAUCAAGUAGCCACCACGCACUCACCUGAGUUCCUCGGCCUUGCCGGCACCUCUGGAGUGUGGUCGAAAUACUCUACCUCUGGCGAAGAUAUCAUUGUGGGCGUGAUUGACUCAGGCAUAUGGCCCGAGAGCAAAAGCUUCAAUGAUGCAGGCCUUGGACCCAUUCCCGCUAAAUGGAAAGGCAAAUGCAAAGGUGGGCAGAAUUUCAGCUCCGCAAACUGCAAUAAGAAAAUCAUCGGAGCUCAAUACUUCGUCAAGGGCUACGAAAAGAGUCUUAAUACUAUCAUUGAUCCGAGCUCCGAAUACUUAUCUCCUCGAGACAGUAGUGGGCAUGGGACACAUGUAGCUUCUAUUGUUGCGGAAGCAGCGGUGACUGUUAACAGUCGGUAUGCAAAAGGAACAGCGAGAGGAAUGGCCCCACAGGCCAGGCUGGCCAUCUACAAAGCAAGCUGGGAAUCAGGAUUUUCCCAUCAAGCGGACGUACUAGCCGCGAUAGAUAAAGCAGUUGCUGAUGGUGUCGACAUCAUUUCAAUUUCAAUAGGUAAAAAGACUGCUAAUCUGCCAUUUUACAAGAACCCAAUAGCCCUUGGAACAUUCGGGGCCAUAGAACAUGGUGUUUUUGUUUCUGCCGCGGCAGGUAAUAAUGGACCUUCCCCAUCAAGUCUGGAUAACGCAGCGCCUUGGAUUACGACUGUCGGAGCCAGCAGCAUCGACAGAGACUUUCCUGCUUUUGUACGACUGGGCCAUUACAUGGGCACCUACAGGGGCACCUCCACAUACAAAGGAGGAAAUGGAAAAUUGCAAGGUCAAUUGCCUCUGGUGUAUGCUUCCGCCAACGACAACUCAACGUGUUGUCUUAGUGGCAGCCUCGACCGCAAUGUGGUUGAGGGCAAGAUAGUGCUGUGUGAUUACCAGACGUCCGAAUUCAAGGACAAGGAGAACGAAGUGGCCAGAGCAGGCGGUGUAGGAAUGAUUCUUGUAAACAAAAAGGAUUUCGGAGCACUGCAGGAGGUUACUACCCCCAAUAAUGGAACCAUUCAUAAUCUUCCCUCUAUUAGCGUCAGUUUUAGAGAUGGUGAAAGUAUAAAAUCCUACAUCAAGAGAGCGUCCAAUAGAUCCACGGCCGAGAUGGACAUUACAAGGAUGACUGUUAUUGGAAUACGUGCUCCCGUGGUUGCCGCGUUUUCUUCCCGUGGACCGAGUAUAGCGUAUCCUUCCAUUCUGAAGCCUGAUUUAAUUGCUCCGGGCGUCAACAUUUUGGCAGCCUUGAAAGAUGAUUACGAAUUCAUGUCAGGGACUUCGAUGGCCUGCCCUCACGUGAGCGGCGUUGCAGCGCUGAUGAAAGCCGCAAAUCCCAAGUGGAGCCCCGCGGCCAUAAAAUCUGCUCUCAUGACGUCUUCUUACACCGCUGACAACAAAAAUUGGCCCAUCAGCGAUUCAUAUUCCAUGCAGCCUGCUGGCCCGUUUGAUAUGGGUGCAGGUCACAUAAAUCCCGAAGCUGCGGUUCGUACUAAACUUGUCUACGAAAUCGAACCUCAAGACUACAUUGACUAUCUCUGCUCUGUCGGCUACAACAAGGAUCAAAUUGCUAAACUCAACGGUAGCUCCUGCCGCGAAUCCAGUUUGGAAGCCGCAGAUCUGAACUACCCCUCAUUUUUCGUGGUUUUUAAUCGAGGCAGUCAACGGGUUGAGGUGAAGAGAACACUGACGUAUAUGGGCAGCACUCCCCAUGUUGCGUACAGGGUGCUUGUCCAUGACCCUCCCGGCGUGAAAAUAAGCGUGGAGCCACGUGUAUUGUUGUUCAACACAUGGAAGGAGAAAGCCACGUAUAUUGUGAAAUUUGAAAAGCAACAGGGAGACACAGGUGCCACACGCGUAUACGGGUCGAUAACGUGGUUACCAUACCUCGGAGAUCAUUCCCCUGUUCGUAGCCCAGUUGUUGUAGAAAUUAAAAGUUCUAUCCUAUCAUUAGACCAUUCAUCUAGCAAUACCACUCAUACUUUUGCUCUGCUGUAG